AGCCCCAUAGAAAACUCCAAACUGAAACAACUCAUACACAAACCUGCCUACUAGAGAUUGUCUCAAAACUUCAAUGACUUCCCUCUUUUCUCUCUGCCUCCUUCAGUACAUAAUAAUCGGGGCCGUUGCACAACUCCGGCCUCAUUAUUACUCUGAAACAUGCCCGCAAGCUGAAUCUGUGGUCCGAGAUGUCAUGAAAGAGGCUCUGAUCAGAGAGGCCCGGAGCCUUGCCUCUGUCAUGCGUUUCCAAUUCCAUGAUUGCUUUGUCAAUGGUUGUGAUGCUUCUAUGUUACUUGAUGACACACCAACCAUGCUUGGGGAAAAACUAGCCCUUGCAAACAUAAACUCAUUGAGAUCUUAUGAGGUUGUCGAUGAAGCGAAAGAAGCCUUGGAGAAGGUCUGUCCGGGAGUCGUUUCUUGCGCGGACAUCAUAAUCAUAGCCUCUAGAGAUGCUGUUGCUCUGACUGGCGGGCCUGAUUGGGGAGUCAAGUUAGGAAGAUUGGAUAGCUUAUCAGCUAGCCAAGAAGCCUCAGACAACGUUAUGCCAAGUCCAAGAGCCAAUGCAACCUUCCUCAUUGACCUGUUUGCCAAAUUUAAUCUUUCGGCCAAAGAUCUCGUUGCACUUUCGGGGUCGCAUUCCAUUGGCCAAGCUCGGUGUUUUUCCAUCAUGUUUCGUUUGUACAAUCAAUCCGGCACUGGCCGGCCAGACCCUGCCAUUGAACCAAAGUUUAGAGAAAAGCUAAACAAGCUUUGCCCGUUAAACGUGGACCAAAACAUCACCGGAGACCUAGAUGCUACACCUGUAGUGUUCGACAACCAGUACUUCAAGGACUUGGUUUCCGGGAGUGGGUUUCUCAAUUCGGAUCAAACGCUUUUCACAUUUCCGGAAACGAAGGGAUUUGUGCAGCAGUUUAGCAGUGAUCAAGAAGAGUUUUUCAAGGCCUUUGUGGAGGGGAUGAUAAAGAUGGGUGAUUUGCAGGUUGAGCAGCCUGGGGAGGUGAGAAGAAAUUGCAGGGUGGUUAAUAGUCAUCGUCCUGCCAGUGCCAACACAUGCAAGAGCAUUGAAGAAAUGGUAACGUUUGUAUGAAGACAUGAACAAUUGAGACAAUUGUUUGUUUAAAUGCCAUCAAUGAAUUAAAUUUUGCUAUUUUGUC